AUGGCGUCUACUGCGGGUGUUCCGACAAGUCCUGGAGCGUCUUCGCUCGCGAUCGCGGCCACGUCUCCACCUCCGUCGCCUACCAAGUCCAAGCUGCUGCCCAGUACACCCAGCAUUGCCGACAUUCUGGCUCAUGACGGCACCGUGGACGUUCGACGGCUCAUGAUCUCCAUGUGGAAACGCCGCGCCAACGCGCCGUUCACGGCGGAACUUUGCCAGCGACUGUGCUCGAUGCCCGUCACUCGAGCGAUGCUGGACCAGGUAGAGUUCUACCUGCCUCAAUUGGCGCACAUGGUGGUGCAUCUAGAGCAGGAGCUUCCCAUGGAGGAUAUGGAACAGUUUGUGCUGCUGCUGUCGCAGAGCAGCGUGCACUUCGCGUUGCAGUUCUUCUGGAUGAUUUACGCCGCGCUGGACGAGAAUCGACCCAAGCGUACAGGCAACAACCCGCGCACAUUCGCCCGUUGUGCGCGUCUGCUGCUUGCUCUCGAGCAGUGCUUCGUGUACGGAUCCCCGGCGGCACGUCAAGCCUCGGAGCUGUUGACGCGCCAAAGCAUCUCAAGAGACGAGAUGGAGCAGAUUCUCAUGGCGGAUCGCCGCUUCUUCGCGGUUCAACAGAGCAACACGGACAAUGGCAACGGCGUUGAGGAUGUCGCUCCGAUGACAGGCGGCUGGCUGCUGAAGAAAGGAGGCGGCACGCGGACAAUGGGCCGCCGCAACUGGACUCUGCGCUGGUGUAGACUUGAGAAGCGCAUCUUGCUGGUCUUCUCCAAGCCCACGGACACUCAACCGCGCUCUGCCAUCCCGUUGCACGGAGCCAAAGUGCAUGUGGUGGAGAACAAACGCCCAUACUACUUCGAGAUCACGCACGACUUCAGCGAGACCAAGGCCAAGUUUGCUGCGAAGACGGCGGAUGAGUUGUCCACGUGGGUGGCGUACAUUCAAAAGACCGCGACACUACCAGAACCCCCCGCUGGAAGCCCAACCAAGGGCAAUAGCAGCCCCGAACGCACAUUGGCACGGAUGUCAUUCGCCAUGCGAACGUUCAUCAUGCAAUCGUCUACUAACGUAAACAGCAACGCCACUCUGGCUGUCGAUGGCACUGCAUCUCCUCGAAGUGGGUCGCCUUCAAAGACGGAUAGUACCGUUCGCUCAGCGGAAGCUACAGCCGACGCGCUAGCUGUGAAUAUUGAGCAGAUGCGGACGCGUAUGCUCAGUAGCGGGGCUGUGAGUGCGUGCUCGACCCAUGCGGGCGACACCGAGGUGAGCCAGGCCUCAACGACAGACUGCUGCGGCUCGGACGCGCUCAUGCAAGCUCUCAUGAUGCCAGACCAGCAGCGCCGAUACGAGUUCUUCUGCAGCAUGAUCCACUUCGUUAAGUCCAUUACUGACAUUUCGGAGGCAUUGCGUCGUGUUGAACCCCUCAAACGGAAAGAGCUACUGAGGCCACUGCUGAAGCAGCUUCGAAUCCCGAAUCGGGCUUACAUCCCGCUAUGCAAGUCGACUGAUCCAUACUGCAACGUUGUGUCGGUAUUCAGCGAUGAAGGCCGCGUCUUCAGCACCCACGAACGAGCGCCGUGCUUGAUCUACUUCGGCACCGAAGAGAACGAGAAUGGGGAAGACGUGUCCACCGUCCUAUUCAACGAGCUCUACGAAACCCGGACAGGCUGCAGUGGCGACAUCGACGAAGACGACGAGAUCGCCACUACGUUUGAUGAGCAUGCUGCUGAUAUUGCGAUGCCGUACAGACAAGUGAAAUCCUCGUCUUCGUUCAAGACAAAACCAUCCGCCAAGCAAAUGUCGCCGUUUCUUCGUGAAUUGCUUGCGGACGAAGAACGGAAGCAGCGUCUGGAGAAGACGUUCGGGGAGCUGACCUUCACCAAAGCGGAGCGCCUGCAGGAAACUAUUCAGUGUGCGAACCCAGACUGCUGGCGUCUGACGGGGUUGAUGUCCAAGAGCUACGACGACUUGCGCCAGGAAGUUCUGGUGAUGCAGCUCAUUUCGUAUUUCCAGCAGAUUUUCGAGCUUGAGAAACUGCCGCUGCGACUGCAUCCGUAUCGGAUCCUAUCGACAGGAUCAAGUACCGGUCUCAUUGAAGUGGUGCGUAAUGCCAUGUCCCUUGAUGGCAUCAAGAAAACUCCAGGCUUCAAGAACCUCCGCAGUCACUUUGAGCAAAUGUACGGUGGAGCGACAAAUAACGCAGAAGGCAGUGGCGAUGGGGCCGAAUUGCUUCGUCAGGCCAAGCUCAACUUCAUCCACAGCUUAGCGGCGUACUCGAUCGUGUGUUACAUUCUCGCGAUCAAGGAUCGACACAAUGGUAACAUCAUGCUGGACAUCGAGGGCUACAUCAUUCAUAUCGACUUCGGCUUCUUUCUGGGGCGGGCACCUGGAGGGAGCUUCAGCUUCGAGACUGCACCGUUCAAGCUGACUGCAGAGAUGGUUGAUGUUUUGGGUGGCCGCCACUCAUCCAACUUCCAGUACUUCACCGAUUUGUGCGUGCAAGGAGCCCUGGCCGCUCGAAAGCACGCGGAGACAAUCUACGCACUGGUGGAAGUCAUGAGCUACCACUCGAAGCUUCCGUGCUUCCUUGGAGGAGCGUCAGGGCCGCUUGCGGGGCUGAAAGACCGACUGUUCCUCAAUAUGCCCGAGAAGAAGGUCGCCCCAACCAUCCAGAGCAUGGUGCAGCGUGCCUAUGACCACUUCGGCACCAACAAGUACGACCAGUUCCAGGUCUUCUCGAACGGAAUCGCGAAAUAG